GUUUUCAUUAUUUGGUGGCGAUGACUUGACGUGUACAAUGAGAGGCUAUUUUUGAGGGUUGGGCAAUCAAGCACAAAGGGAUUGAAAGAAAAGCCCCCACUUGGCCACCCCAUAUGAGUGGUCAAAACAAGAUUGGAUAAAACACUAAACCCUUAUCAACCGUAUGUACAUAUGCCAAUCGAAUCCCCUCCAGAUCAUCCGACCUCACAACAACUGGGUCCUGCUUUACAAACUCAUAAAACCCCAAAUUCUGACGCUCAUUAACACACAGCACACGCCAUACUACAUGCACUAACGCAAACAUUCAGCCACUGCAAGCUCAAACCAAGGUGACAACCUUCUGGGUUCUUCUGGAAGUCAUUUCCAUGGCAGAGACCAAGAGAUCCACUGGCACGGUCAAGUGGUUCAGCGCACAGAAAGGUUUUGGCUUCAUUGCUCCCGAUGACGGCGGAGAGGAUCUGUUCGUCCACCAGAGCUCGAUCCAAUCCGACGGCUUUCGUACCCUCUCCGACGGACAGCCUGUGGAGUUCUCUGUCGGUUCAGGAGAAGACGGCCGCACCAAGGCCGCUGAUGUCGUGGGCGUCUCCAGACCUCGCCGUCCUCCUCGUGGAGGCCGAGGUGGAGGUGGCGGGAGAGGGUACUACAGCGGAAGGGGACGAGGCGGCGGUUAUGAGAGAGGCGGCCUCUCUAGGGGUAGGGGAUAUGGCGGCAGCGGAAGUAGCGGUGGUGCUUGUUUUAAUUGUGGACGGUACGGUCAUUUAGCAAGGGAUUGUUAUGAAGGUGGCGGUGGUGGUGGGAGAUACGGUGGCGGUGGAGGCAGGAGAUAUUCUGGUGGUGGUGGAGGUGGUCGAUGCUAUAAUUGUGGAGAGGAAGGGCAUUUUGCGAGAGACUGUCCUAAUGCUGAUAACAAGUGAGAGAAUGCCGGUGGUUUCAGUCAAUGAUCACACGACUGCGGUGUUUUUCAGUAAUUCUUUCA